GAUUUGAUCGAUUGAUUUCUGGCGGAUCGCAUUUCCAGCCGCCACCGACUGCCCUAGUAAUUUCCUAAUUGUAUUCAUAUAUUUUUCAAAAAGAGCUUAUGUUGACGAAUUGGAUUAUCGAUAUCUGCACCAGCACAACGUCCGUUUAUCAGCAGCGACCCCAUCACAGUCACAAUGCCUGCAAACGUUUAACGAUAAGCGAGCCGAGCGCCACUGCCACAACAAACCGCAGUACACCGCGAUUAGCUCUCACCCUGGGAUCAUCGAUCUGUUGAUGAAUUGUUGAAUGUUGAUGUAUCAGGAAUUUAGCAUAUCGCUCGUCAACUAAACCUGAAACAGCUGUAUUCCAGCAAGAAUGGAAGUCGACAGCGAUCUCAACCAGACCGAUCACCAUCAUCACGAUCACGCAGCCGCAUCUCACGGCCACGGCGGCAUGUCCCACGGGAUGUUUUUUCACACCCGCACCACCGAGACCAUAUUGUUCGAAGCGUGGAAUGUCCAGCGAACCGAGCAGCUGGUCGGGUCGUGCCUGGUUAUCUUUCUGUUAGCGGUGUUUUUCGAAGGCAUCAAGUAUUUGCGCAACUGUCUGCUGCGCAAAGCUACUCUGCGCCGUGGUAUGCUGCGGGCGGAUGACGGUCCCGCGACGACGGCGGAGGUGCGGGUGGUCGGGGGGAAGAAUGGGUUCCUGCAGCGUACCUGCAAUCGCGAUCACUUCGCACAGACCCUGUUGUACGUGCUGCAGUUCAUCGUCGGUUAUCUACUGAUGCUGGUGUUUAUGACGUACAAUGUGUGGCUGUGUUUGGCCGUGGUGGCCGGUAUUGGGACGGGCUAUUUCCUCUUUGGGCAGGAAAGGCUGCUGCCGGAUGCCGUCGGGACGGAUGCACAGAAUGGGGACUGUGCGUGCCAUUGAUAUGUGAAUACAGAAUCCGAUCCGGUUUUUUUAUGUGUCUCUUUCUCCUCGGUUGAUACCGCUUUCUGCGAAGGCUUGGUUUUUAAUUGAUUUUCGACUGUUCGUUUUAUUUUUUGUUGGGGUUUUACUCUCCUGGGUGUUCUCCGCUUUCUCCCUGUUUGUAUGUUUGUUUACUUGUUGGCUUCAUAUGUUUUGGACAAACAAAGAAACAUGCUCCUCUAAUUUUCGUGCCGUCGUACCGCACUUGCCAUCAAGAAAGCAUUUAUUUUAUCAGUUUGUUAUCGUUUCAACUUGUGUGUUUCUUUUGUUGAUAUAAAUCAGUGUAAAAUAAUCCAUUAUUAAAAAAAAACUGUAUUUACGAUUUCCACUCAUUAUUUCUGUUUUGUGUUAAGUGUUAAUCUGCAUACUGCAUAUUUAUCACUUUUUGUUAAUAAAUUCCACUCCAUUGCCGCGGAAACUUUUUUGGUUUUCGAAAAUAUUUUUAACGUGAUUUUUGCAAUAUAGAAUGGCUUUGAUUUAGUUCUUGGCUUGUUGCACGUGAUACCGGAGAAUACUUACAAGAAACGCUUCGCAUUUCGUUUGCACCAUCUGAGAUUACGUAAUAGGAAAUUAGGUACCGUAUUUGACAUCGAUAGCCAUCGAGCUGAUAAAGAACAGAUUUCAGCUUAUUAUAGUUUCAGAAUUCAGAUUAUAAUCAUUUCCUACCAAAGCUUUAUAGAAUUUUCGCAU